UUUUCAAACGUCUGCAUCGACGGCGCCUGUAGAAAAGUCGCUGUGUUUCAAACCAAAUUUAACGUUCCCGAGCACAAAGCACUACGAAUUGCGGCCUUUCAGUCACCAGAGUUAGUGAAGUUGGCAAGCAAAAAAAUCAUAUUAAUUCUAACCGGCGAAAACAGCUGUAGCUCGGUGCCUGUGCGUGUGUGUGUGGGUGCGUCGUGUGUGUGAGGCAUCUCCGCUGAGCGUGCGUGUGUGUGUGUGUACGAAGUUCCAAUCAGAAGGCCAGGAUACCCAAACUUAUCUGUAAAAAUUUCUGAUUGAUCACAGGCAGUAAAUUUUGAAAUCAAAAAACUGGAGAAAAUGGAUCUGAACUUCGACGAACUGAAAAAGGAGGCCGCUGCCACCAACGAGGACAUCUUCAACCGGGCACAAAAGGCCUACGAGGACUCAGGACUUGGCGGCGAUGCUGGCAACGUAAGCGGUGGCGCCCAGGACGAUAAUGCCCACACGGAGCACUACUUUGCCAAUGAGCAAAAGAACAUGGACUUUGGCGAUCCGCAGGAGUUUGUCCAACGCCUUUCCGCCGGCGCCAAGGACGCCAAACUUGAUUUGGACGCCAAGUUUGCCCAGAAGACCGAUGAUUUCGAGGACUUUCUGCGCGAUGCCGGCAAGGAGGUGAAGCAGGGCAUCAGUGGACUGACCAACGACUUCAUGAAUGCCGAGCGGGGUUUCUCCUCUCCCCUGGCUCCAUUCUCGGAGACGGUAGCUCAAGCUCCGGUUAUUCCAGCACAAGCUCCAGCUGUUCCAGCACAUGCUCCGGCCGUUCCAGCUCCAGCGGCUCCAGCUCCUGCUGUCCCAGCACCGGCUCCUGUCGAGGAGGACCUCCUGGGCAGCUUCUCCGACCAGCCAUCGGCUCCACUCCAGGCCUUCCAGCCCACGGCACCGUCCACGGCCAAUUUCUAUGACGAUGAGGAGGAUGACUUCCUGGGCAAGCCGACCACUGCUGCCCCAGCUGCUCCUGCCGCUCCAGUAACCAAGUUCAACGAGGAUUCGGACACCGAAUCGCCGUCCGUCUCGUGCACACCAUCGCCGGCCAAGAAACCCAUUGUGGAUGCCCUCAAGGAUCAGGACAACGAGAAGUUCAUCUCGUCGGAGGAUCUGGUCAGCGAUUUCAAGGAGGAGCCACGCUCCGCACCAGCACCCAUACCAGCUCCCAUUCCCGUUGCUGCUCCUGCUGCUCUUGCUCCAGUGCCAGUAGUAGUACCAGUACCAGUACCAGUUGCCAAACCCCAGCCGGUUCCAGUGGCUGUACCCGUGACAACCGCUUUGAUAACCGAUCUGGAUGACGAGGAGGUGGUGUUCAAGCCCAGUGUCCAGGAGGCGCCCAAGGCACCCACCAUCACAGCACCCGUAAUCGAACCGAAACCGGAGGCACCCAAGCCCAAGGUGGAGCCGUCCAAGCCGAAGGUCGUACCAGCGCCAGUUGAAUCGACCCAGCCGCAGCCAAAGAUUGCGCCCGUCGAGGAGAUCUUCUGCAAAUACGGAUUGGAUGCCUGGUUUAAGCCCGAACGUUUGCACCCGCAAGUGGAAUCCCUUAUCUACUGGCGCGAUGUGAAGAAAUCCGGCAUCGUCUUCGGCGCUGGCCUGAUCACAUUGGUGGCCAUCUCCAGCUUCUCGGUGAUCAGCGUGUUCGCUUACUUGUCGCUCCUGACCCUCUUCGGCACCGUCGCCUUCAGAAUCUUCAAAUCUUUGACACAGGCCGUGCAAAAGACAAACGAGGGACACCCCUUCAAGGAAUACUUGGAGCUGGAUCUGACGCUGUCGCACGAAAAGGUGCAGAACAUUGCCGGCGUGGCUGUGGCACAUAUCAAUGGCUUCAUCUCCGAGCUGAGGCGUCUGUUUCUGGUUGAGGAUAUCAUCGAUUCGAUCAAGUUUGGCCUUCUUCUGUGGGCCUUCACCUUCGUGGGUGCCUGGUUCAAUGGCAUGACUCUGGUCAUCUUGGCCUUUGUCUCGCUGUUUACCUUGCCCAAGGUCUACGAGAACAACAAGCAAUCGAUCGACACCUACUUGGAUCUGGUGCGCAGCAAAUUGACAGAAGUCACCGACAAGAUCCGAGUAGCCAUCCCCAUCCCCAUUGGCAACAAGAAGCCCGUGGCCGCUGCCGAGUCUGAGAAGGACAAGUAAAGAGCCCGCACUAGCAUGAGAAACAACCACAAAUAAACAUGUUUAUUUAUUUAUUAAGCAUAAUUUGAAUGGUUUUAAUAUUCAUCCAGGCAUUAAAUAAAUAACAAGUCUAGCAGCAAUGUUUACAUAUUAAUUGUAUAAUUGCAAUCUACAUCAAUCGAUAAUUGUAAAUCAAAUUUGAAGAAACCGAAAACAACUUAUCAACCAACAACUCGUAGCAGUUUCAAACAUUGUCCAAGUGUCUUUAAGUUUUUAACGAACGAAACAUUAAAUAACAUAU